UUGGCUUGCCAUUCAAAGUUGCAAUUUGGUCGGUGGAAGGUGUGUAGGCCUAUGUCUUUGGAAGUAAAAAAUAACAACCCGAGUUGACGUUAUGGUUUAGGCCCACACAGUCAUUUGUACAACUAGUUCGUGCUAUCAUAGCCUACAGCUCAUCCGUCUGGCUAAGGUUUCGCAGUGAAGAUAAUAAAUAGCAAGAUGAAGUUAACAAAUCGGCAGAGAAUGCAAAGAUAUAAAAAAAAGCUGAAGAGGAAUCCUGAGGCCCGUGCCAAGUACCUCGCGAAUGACCGUAACCGGCAAAAGACAAAGAAGGACAAAUUUACUUCCAAGCAGAGUGAAAAUCAUAGGAAAGCGAAUGACUCCUCUGUAAAACUUUACAGAAAAAAUCAGAAGAAACGCAAAGAACUGCUAAAAUACUGGCAAGAAAAAUCGUUAGGAAAAUCAAGACAAUAUAAACUUCUUCUCAAAUUGCAUGCUCGCAAGUGCAAAGUGCAGCGGUGCUAUUUUCCACAGUGUAAGGAGAUCAGAAGAGUUUAUAGCCACAUAGCACACUGUCAGGUUGCCAGAAAUUGUACAAAACCCGACUGUAACUCAACUCAAAAUGUAUUGUCACAUUGGAAGCAUUGCGAUAUUACAAACUGUCUCUUGUGUUUGCCAUUAAAAAUGUCAUCGGACAAAAUACAAAUGCAGGAUGUACAGACAGUCUCAGAUCUUGCAUCUGCACUAAAAAGGCAGUCGUCGCUUUUGAACAAUAACAAGUUUUUUCAAGAAAUUUUUCCCUCUGCCGGCCUUGCAACUGAUACGCUUAUGGAAAGUCAUGAAAAAUAUGCAAGGGAAGUUGAGAAAGAUUUUGAGAUGGGUAGCAAGGAAGACUAUUUUAAUCUUUGGGCUGAAGACAUUUACAGCAAAGUUCAAAAUGAACCGCCUACACCAUCUCAGAUGCCUAAUUCCAAUCUAGAUGUGUUGAAGAAGCUUUCUUCACUUACAGUUUCUUCAAAAACCGUUCCUGGAGAAAUGUGCAGGCAAGUUGUGAUGCCGGCCAAUCAUGUGAACUCACCAGAAUCUUUUCAAGCAGACCCAAAUCAACCCGAAUCAGUGACCAUGCCUCAAACUCAACCAGCUGGAAUGGGCCAGAAUGCAACUCAGACACCAACGGCUGAUCCUGAAACGCGUAAGCUAAUUCAGCAGCAACUGGUUCUCCUACUGCACGCACACAAGUGCCAACGGCGGGAAAGCCAGGCCAAGGGAAACAUCAAGCAAUGUUCGCUUCCACACUGUAGGACAAUGAAAAAUGUCCUCAACCACAUGACGCACUGUAAGGCUGGCAAAAAUUGCACAGCUGCCCAGUUGUUAAAGCAAGCUGCCGGAAAUCCAGCUAUGGGACCGAAUCCACCACCAAGCUCACAUAUGAACCAGACGUUGAUGUUACAGCAGGAAUCUAUUGCACGGACGUUGGAUCGGCUAGGAUUGAGAAAUACAGGCAUGACGCCAAAUGAUGUCCUGAGUGCGACUGGAAACCUUGCAUCUAUGACUGCAGCGAAGUCGCAGCCAUGGCAUAGCCAUGUCACUCAGGAUCUUCGUAAUCAUUUGGUCCAUAAAUUAGUUCAAGCAAUAUUCCCCUCCCCUGACCCUGCUGCUGUUAAAGAUAGACGUAUGGGGAAUCUAGUAGCAUAUGCAUGCAAAGUUGAGAAAGAUAUGUAUGAAACAGCUAGCAACAGGGAAGAGUAUUAUUAUCUUCUGGCUGAGAAAAUUUAUAAAAUUCAAAAAGAACUGGAAGAAAAGCGGAUGAAACGGAUACAGGACCAGACCCAGACUGGUUCCCCUCAGCCUCCAACACCAUCUCAGGUGCCUUCCCGUCAAGCUACACAAAAGAUGCUGUCCUCGCAUACUGUUCCUUCUGGAAUUGGCAUGAUGAAUGGUCCAACAGCAGUUCCUGGACAAACUGGUGGGCCAGUUGUGGUGCCGGCCGGUGUGAACUCGCCAGCAUCUUCUCAAGCAAAACAGAUACAGGACCAGACCCAGACUGGUUCCCCUCAGUGUCCUACACCAUAUCAGGUGCCUCAACAAGAGAUGCUGUCCUCGCAUACUGUUCCUUCUAGAACUGUCAUGAUGAAAUUUAAACCUGAGGACCUAAGACAAGCAUUGAUGCCAACUCUAGAGAAGCUAAGACAGGUUCCAGAAUCGCAACCCUUCCGCCAGCCAGUUGAUCCAAAGUCCCUCCAGAUUCCAGACUAUUUUGAUACUGUAAAACGUCCGAUGGAUCUGUCCACGAUCAAGAAGAAAUUUGAUACUGAACAGUAUACAGACCCGUGGCAGUACGUAAAUGAUGUCUGGCUGAUGUUUGAGAAUGCCUGGCUGUACAACCGUAAAAACACCAGAGUUUAUAAAUACUGCACCAAAUUACAGGAGUUGUUUGAAAUGGUGAUUACUCCUGUUAUGAAGAAGCUGGGGUUCUGCUGUGGUACUAAGCAUGUUUUCCAUCCUCAAGUUCUUGAUUGUCAGGGAAAGCAACUUUGCACAAUUCCAAAAGAUGCAACAUAUUUUAUGUAUCAAAAUAGGUAUUGCAUCUGUAAGAAGUGCUUUGAGGCCGUCAAUGCAGAUCAUGUGUCAUUAGAAGAUAGUUCAAGUUCUAUGCAACAAAAAAGGAUCAAGAAGGACCAAUUUACCGAGAUGAAAAAUACUGCCCUUCCAGAACUAUUCAUUGAGUGCAUGCAGUGUGGGAGAAAGUUGCAUCAGAUCUGUGUGUUGUAUGAUGACACAAUUUGGCCAGAAGGGUUCAAAUGUGGUAAUUGUAAGAAAUCAAAUGGAAUGACAGAGGAAAUACACAAUUUUAAUGCCAAAAAGCUGCCAAUAAGAAAAUUAGGUACACAUCUUGAGAAUAGAGUCAAUGAAUAUCUUCAGAAACAUUGUUCAGGGGCAGGGGAAAUCACCAUCAGAGUGUUGUCAAGUAAUAACAAAGUAGUUGAAAUUAAACCCAGAAUGAAAUCUAGAUUUUGUGAUACAGAAGAAUUUCCUUACAGUACCAAAGCCAUAUUUGCAUUUGAAGAGAUUGAAGGUGUUGAUGUGUGUUUGUUUGGUAUGCAUGUUCAAGAAUAUGAUGCAAAUUGCCCACAACCGAAUAGUCGGAGAGUCUAUAUAUCCUACUUAGAUAGUGUACACUUCUUCCAACCAAGUGCUCACAGAACGGCAAUGUACUAUGAGAUUCUUAUAGGCUACCUGGAAUAUGUCAAGGGUAUAGGGUAUGAAUGGGCUCACAUUUGGGCUUGUCCACCCAAUAAAGGGGAUGAUUUCAUCUUUCAUUGCCACCCCACGGAACAGAAGAUCCCAGACCUCAAGAGGCUCCAAGAUUGGUACAAGAUGAUGCUAAACAAAGCUAUUGAAUAUGGAGUAGUCAUUAAAUACAAGGAUAUCCAUCAAUCUGCAUCAGAUGAUAAUCUAACCAGUGCCAAUGAGUUGCCAUACUUUGAAGGGGAUUUUUGGCCAGACAACCUUGAGAAAAUCAUCGAAAAACUUGAUCAAGUGGAGAAGAAACGGCAGAGGGCUGCAGAGGCGGCAGCAUCUACAAGUGCUCAGAAACUCAAAAACAGAGGGGAACCGAGUAAGAAGAGGAGAAAAUUAAACUAUCCUGAAAAAGCCAGCGACUUAAAACAGAAACUCUACACAUCUAUGGAAGAACAUAAACAGUCUUUCUUUGUUAUCCAGCUCUGCGACAGCCCUGGUCGGAACAAAGAGCUUAUUCAGGAUCCAGAUAGUUACAUCAGCUGUGAUUUGAUGGAUGGACGUGAUGCUUUCUUGAAGUUUGCUAAGGGCAAGCACCUUGAAUUUUCUUCCUUAAGACGAGCCAAACACUCCACUAUGGUCAUGCUUGUAGAACUAUACAACCAACACAUUUUAAUCUCUGUGUACCUUGUUACCAAAAAAUUGCACAUGAGCACAGUGGGAAAAUUGGUUUUGAGAUUAAUGUUGACAGUGGAAAGGGAGGUAUGAUGUGGACAGAAGAAAGGGCAGUGAUAUGCAGCCUAGCACAAAGAACCAAUUAGUCCCACUGGUCGAUGUAAUCACAGCCACUUAUGUUGUGCAGCAAAUAGAGAUAAGUCUUCUAGGGGGAAAAUGACACAAACUUGGAGGUCACAUUUCACUCCACAACAGUGCAGCGCAACAACAGCAACAGAAAAUGGAUUGGCAGCCACACAUGGCUAAUUCUUGCAGCAAAUGUGUGUAUGUACUGUAUAAUGCAGCCUACCUUGCAGAGUGGUAUGCUGCGAUGACACAACUUUAUACCACAGUUGUUGCAGCCGAAGAGUCAGCAACAGUGUGAAUGAUACAGAUACUGUACACUUUAUUGUCAUUCAGGUUGUGAUUGUGGUGCAAUUUCUAUGACAGCUACAGUUCAGUGAUAAAGAUUAUAGAAACCAAAAAUAUUAAAAAAAUAGCUAUUCAUUAUAUUUCCACAUUGUAUGUGCAAUCAUGUUUUCAAAUGUUUAAUUAUUAUAAAAAUUUUCCAAUUUUUAUAUGGCAAAUAACCUAUACUAUAAAUAUUUAAUAGGUUAUCAAUUAUCUUUUUGUAUUUUCAAAAUUUUAUAAAAAUAUACUGUAUCAUGCAAUUGAACAACUUUAAUUAGGUUGUUACCUAAUUAAAAAUGUGGACACAUGACUGAUGUGAUUGUUCAGGUCAAAUAAUAAUAUCACUAAGCCAUUUUGUUUCAUUUUCUGUAUAAAAUUAUUUAAAAUGUUAUUGAAUUGUUAGAUUUUUUGAUCAGGGUGUUACGUGUGGGUUUGGGGGAAGUUUGAAGAGGGUGGUCGGGGCAAAAUAUUUUUGCCAUUUGUCUUUCAUUCCAUUUCAAAAUAUAAUUGAUAAAAAUGAAGUGUAAAUUUAGGGACAUUUACCAGGUUCUGCAAUAAGUCAAUUUACUUUGUAUUCCUAUCUGAGUAAUCAUCAAAAAUUACAAAAAAAGAGAAUGUAAGUUUCUGAUAUAUGCUUAGUAUGGACGACAUUAAACUGCUCACGUCAGAAAACAUUGGCUGCACACAUCGAAAAAGGUUCGGCUGAAAAUAGGCUCAAGAGAUAUCUCAAAAAAUGAAAAAAGGGCUUCCUAAACUUUUGUAACAAACCAGUUCACAACAAAACAUUUAGCAGUAAUCUUUGAAGAUUAUCAACCAUAUCAUUUUUCACCAUAUUGUUGGGAUUCAAUAUUUCGACAUUAAUUAUGUCAUCAUCAGGAAUGAUCAUUCCUGAUGAUUUUCACCAUAUACCACUCAAAAUCAUAACCACCAUGGGUGAAUCUUCCCCUCUUUAAGCUAAUUUUAAAAUUUUAUUUGCAGAUCUGUAUGAAAAAUGUAAAAUUGUCCAACUUAGCAUCGGAUUAAAUUUUUAAAGAUACUCUUUUGUGGUAGAAUAACAUUUUAUCAGAUGCAUAAUACCAUUGAGGUGCAAUACAAUAUAAACUUUAUAAUAAUUAGGAUGUAAUAAAUUUAUAUCGUUAGGUGAAUAAAAUUUGCGCAAUUUUGUAUCUGAGUUCUAUAUUUUUAUACAUAUUUUGAUAACAAAACAAUUACAGUACUUUUAUUAGAUAAUUUAUAUUGUUAUUUGUAAAUAUUGAAUUAGAUUUCUCUUGCCUUUAUUUUGGUAUACAAGAGGUACACACAUGUAUUGUUUCCUACUUAUUAUUAUAUAUGAUAUCAAUAAAACUAUCGUAAUAGA